ACCCUAAAUCACCGCCGCUGCGCCGUGCCCCGCCCCGUGAGGUGCCGCCACGCCGGAGCGCCUCCGACGUCGUUGUCCGAUUCAUCCAGAGGUAUCAUUAGCCACAUCCUCCGCAAACAACUUCUGCAUAAUCCAUCAUCCGGAGCUAUGGCAGAAGCUUUGGUAAGUGAUGCGUAUCGCCUCAUGAGCGAGAGGCUAGCAGAUCUCCUCCAACUCAACGACAAACUCAAAGCUACAACUGGUAUCGAAGGGAAGAUGGAGAAGCUCAAGUUCUUGUCCACGAUCAUUGACAAGGUGAUCCAAGAGGUCGACUCCCGUCCUUUUAUUGAUGAUGCCGUGAAGGACUUGCUCAAGAAACUCAAAUACUUGGCCUGCGAUCUUGAGGAUGUUGUGGAUCACUAUGACACCAAAGUCUUGCAGAUGCAGAUAUCAAAUGCUUCUUUUGAGUCGGUCCGUGAUUUCAUCUCUUCUGAUAAUCUGUUUAAGAGCAGGGUAAAUUGCAUGAUAAAAGCUAUAACACAAAGUCUGGAUUUUAUUUUGCUACAAAAGUCCAUUCUUCUUAAUUUGCCACAAAGCAGUAGCCACAUGUCAUUAAAUCCCUACAGAGAGACCCACUCCCGAAAUAGCUUUGUUGUUAUAGGAAGAGAAACAGAGAAGAAUAUGAUUGUCAAUAUGUUAACAAAUGAUGAUGAUGAUGAUGAAGAAGAAAGCAACCAUGCCACAGUGAAGGUCAUUGCCAUCGUCGGAAUGGGUGGCCUGGGGAAGACUACACUUGCUCAGCUUGUUUACAAUGAUACGAGGGUGCAAGAGCAUUUUGCAAGUUUGACAAUGUGGAAAAUUGUUGGGCCCGAAUUUAAUCCCACAAAGAUACUGAAGUCUAUAUUAGAAUUGGCUACUCGUAAAUCUGUCGGCAUCUCAGAAAUAGACUUAGUGAGACAGGAGCUAGAAACAACAUUAUCUGGUAAGAGGUUUUUGCUCGUGCUGGAUGAUGUAUGGAAUGAAGAUGCAUUAAAGUGGGGUGUACUGAAAGCAGCCUUAACAUGUGGGUCUAGAGGAAGCAAAAUUUUAAUGACAACCCGUAACCAAUGUGUUUCUUCCAUCAUGGACUCAUCUUAUAUCCACCAAAUGAAGCAGUUGUCCCCAGCUGAUUGUUCGUUCUUGUUUCAAAAAUUUGCAUUUGGUGACAGAAAAGUGGAUCGAACCUUGAUGGAAAUUGGUGGAAAGAUUGCUAAGAAAUGUGGCGGUGUUCCCUUGGCUGCCAUUUCUCUUGGUAGCAUGCUCCGCAUCACUCGAGAUGAAACCUAUUGGUCCUCGGUAUUGAACAGUGAAAUAUGGCAGUUGGGAAAUGAGGAAGAUAAAGUGUUAGCUGUACUAAAGUUGAGCUAUGACACCCUCCCUCCACGGUCAAAGAAGUGUUUCACAUUUGGCUCCUUAUUCCCAAAGAACUAUAGGAUGGCAAAGGAUGAAUUGAUAAAACUGUGGAUAGCAAAUGAUUUUGUAUGUUCAGAAGGAAAUUUUGAUGCUGAAACAAAUGGCAACCUUGUCUUUAAUGAUCUACUAAUGGGGUCAUUCAUUCUCUGGGCACCUUCCAAUGUUUAUGAUGAUAGUCAUGUAAACAUGUGCACGAUGCAUGAUUUGAUGCAUGAUCUGGCACGAUCAGUAUCUGCAAAUGCAUAUUGGAAUUCUGAUCAAGACUCAGUGGAAGAUGUUGGAAACAGAACAUAUCAUUUGCAAAUUCAACGAGGAGAGGAAUCAAGCAUGACUCAGGUUUUAGGAAAGAAACCAUUGUACUUGCGCACCUUUAUGUAUAAUUCCUCGCGUUUGAGCAUCAAUCUGCUUGAAGUCUUUUCAGAAUUGAAAUUUUUGCGGGCGUUAGAUUUAAGAUACUGCGGCAUCAGGGAGGUGCCGACAUCAAUAGGAAAUCUAAUACAUUUGAGGUACAUCAACUUAUCUAACAAUAUGAUUGAAGUUCUACCCGACUCCAUAACCCUUCUCUCCAAUUUACAGUAUCUCAAUCUCGGUUUCAAUAAGGAACUUCGAGAGCUACCAAAAGAUUUAGGGAAUAUGCAAAGCCUUAGGGAUCUUGAUUUAUCAAGUUAUUUAUUUGAUAGUGGUUUUAAAUUGACACACAUGCCAUGUGGGUUGUCACGAUUAACUAAUCUUCGAAGUUUAUCUGUCUUUGUUGCUGGGGAUGGAACUGAUGCAUGCUCAAUUAUAGAACUUGAGGAUUUGAAGCUUCAUGGAGAAAUGGAAAUUAAAUUUUCUGAUGAUUUUAAGAAUUAUUCUUGUGGUGGAAGAAAAAUCUUGAAGAAUAAAGAUCUUAAUGAACUAUGCAUAAAGUUUAAUGGUUCAGAAAGAUAUGACAAGGACAUGUUGGAUGAUCUUUGUCCCAACACGAGCUUAAAGAAGUUAACCAUAUCCAACUAUGGGAGUCCACAAUUCCCAACAUGGUCGAUAGAUUUACAACUGCCAAAUUUGGUUGAAGUUUACAUUACAAGCCGUUUUUGUGAGCAUCUUCCUCCGUUUGGAAAUCUACAGUUUCUUAAGAAGCUCGACUUACGGUGUAUGCAUGGUAUCAGACAAAUGGGUGUUGAGUUCCAUGGGUGUGGAGGCUUUCCUUCCCUUCAAGAACUCAUAUUGGAUGGGAUGUAUAUUUUAGAGGAAUGGUCGGAGUCUCAUGGUGUCAAUCAGUUGUUCCCUUUACUACAGCGAGUGAAGAUAAUCAAUUGUCCAGAAUUAAAAUGCAUGCCGAGGCUUCCUAGAAUCCAAGAGCUUGAGGUACUUUGGUGCAGGAGGAGGCUACUCUCAUGUGUUGGAAGACUGACUUCUCUUUCUGUUCUUGAAGUAGUUGAUGUGCGCGACAUGGUAUCUCUUCCAAGUGGCUGCAUCAGAAACCUCACAUUCUUGACGAAAUUAGAAAUUAUAGCUUGCGAACAACUCCAAUCUCUCCCUGGGGAUGAAAUGAAGCACCUAAAAAUGCUUCGUUCAUUGAUCAUUGAAGGUUGUUAUAAUUUGACAUCCUUCCCGUUAGAAGUGGGGCAUCUCAGUUCUCUUUGUUUUCUACGGCUCUCAGGCUGCCCAAGUAUAAUAUUGCAUCCAGAAGAACUCGUACAAAUCUUGAAUUCAAUACCUGAGUUCGAAAUACAGAUUUGUGGCAACAAAGUCAAUUUAAGUGAGCAACUGCAACACUUACACACGCUCGGAGGAUUGUUGCUAACUGGUGAUCAUAAUGCAUCAGAUCUGUUCGAGAACCAUGCGUAUGAACAUCCAGAAUUAUGUAUUUGUUGUUGUGAUGAAUUGGAGUUGUUGAUGACAGCAGAAGCAGCAAGCAAUAUUGUGCUAGAAGAACUACACAUAAAUGGAAUUUCCAAUCUCACGACCUUGCCUGACUGGUUGCUUCAUCUCAAAUCUCUUAGUUUACUAUCAAUCGAGAAUUGCCCACUACUAGAAAGACUGCCAAAGAAUUUGAAGAACAUACAUAUGUUAGAAGGUUUGACGAUUGACAAUUGCCCACAACUGGAAAGUAGAUGCAAAAGGGAGACAGGCGAAGAUUGGCCGAUCAUCUCAUAUCUAAACUUUGAAAUUUCAGGCAUAGCUAUGGAAGCACCUUUGCUAGCUGUGGGUCGCUUCAUGGUGGACAAGGUGGCAAUUCUCGUCGAACUCGACGAGAAACUCAAGGCAAUAACUGGCAUCAAAGGGAAGAUGGAGAAGCUCAAGGAGUUGUCCACCCUCAUUGACAUGGUGAUCCAAGACGUCGAGUCCCACCCUUUAAAUAAAGAUGCCGUGAAGGACUUGCUGAGGAAGAUCAAAUACUUGGCCUACGAUCUCGAGGAUGUUGUGGAUUACUAUGACACCAAAGUCUUGCAGAAGAAGCAGAGAUCAAACACUGCUUUAAGGCCGGUGUGCGAUUUCUUCUCUUCUAAUAAUCAAGUUGUAUUUAAGAGUAUGAUAGGCGGCAUGAUCAAAGCUAUAACAGAUAGUCUGGAUUCUAUUUUACUGCAAAACUCCAUUUUUCUUAAUUUGCCACAAGGCAGUAUUCGCACGUCGGAAUCAAAUCUCCAUGAAGAGAGACAUUCCCGCACUAGCUUGGUUGUUAUAGGGAGAGAUACAGAGAAGAAUAUGAUUGUCGACAUGUUAACAAAGGAUGAUGAUGAAGAUGAAAGUAGUACUCAUGAUACAUUGAAGGUCAUCGCCAUCGUUGGGAUGGGUGGCCUGGGGAAGACUACACUUGCUCAGCUUGUUUUCAACGAUGAGAAGGUGAAAGCUCAUUUUGAAAGUUGGAGAAUGUGGAAAGUUGUUGGGGCUGAAUUUGAUCGUAAAAGGCUAAUGAAAUCUGUUUUAGAAUUGGCUACUGGUAAACCAGUCAACAUCUCAGAAAUAGAUUUAGUGAGGCAGGAGCUAGAAAAAACAUUAUCUGGGAAGAAAUUCCUGCUCGUCCUGGAUGAUGUAUGGAAUGAAAAUGCAUCAAGCUGGGAUGUGCUGAAAGCAGCCUUAACAUGUGGGGCGAGAGGAAGCAAAGUUUUGGUGACAACUCGUAGCCUACGGGUCUCUUCAAUUAUGGGUUCAAAUACCACCCACCAAAUACAACAGUUGUCUCGAGAUGAUUGUUUGUCCUUGUUUCAACAAUCUGCUUUUGGAGAUGAAGCAGCGGACCAAAAGUUGAUGGGAAUCGGUGGAAAGAUUGUUGAGAAAUGUGGCGGUGUGCCCUUGGCUGCCAUAUCUCUUGGUAGCAUGCUCCAUGACACUCGAGAUGAGACUUAUUGGUCCUCGGUGUUGAAGAGUGAAAUAUGGCAGCUCCAAGAUGAGGAACAGAAAGUAUUAGCUGUACUAAAGUGGAGCUAUGACUCUCUCCCUCUACAAUCAAAGAAGUGCUUCGCAUUUGGCUCCCUAUUCCCAAAGAACUAUAUGAUGAACAAGGAUGAAUUGAUACGACUGUGGAUAGCAAAUGGUUUCGUAAGUUCAGAAGGAAAUUUUGAUGCAGAAACAUUGGGCAACCGUAUCUUUGAUGAUCUUGUGUCGAGAUCGUUCUUUCUCUUGGUACCAUCUCAAGAUGUAACCGAGUGCACAAUGCAUGAUUUGAUGCAUGAUCUGGCACGAUCAGUAUCUGCAGAUGUAUAUUGGAAUUCUAAUCAAGACUCAGUUGAAGACAUUGGUAAACGAACAUAUCAUUAUUUGCAAAUAUUUCCGGGAGAAUUACCAAAUGAUAUGUUUUCUCAGGUCUUAAGCAAGAAGCCAUUGUACUUGCGCACCUUUAUGUCCCAAGAUACAUCUUCACACUUGAAUAUCAACCUGCUUGAUGUCUUCUCAAAACUGAAAUUCUUGCGGGUUUUAGAUUUAAGAUCCAACAAUAUCAAGGAGGUACCAGCAUCAAUAGGAAAUUUGAUACAUUUGAGGUAUCUUAACUUAUCUUGGAAUGAUAUUGAAGUUUUACCCGACUCCAUAACCCUUCUCCUCAAUUUACAAUAUCUUCAUUGCAAUAACCUUAGAUUGACAUACAUGCCUCGUGGGUUGUCACGACUAAUUAAUCUUCGAUGUUUACCCCACUUUGAUGCUGAUAACAGAAGUGGGGCAUGCUCAAUUACAGAGCUUGAGGAUUUAAAGCUUCAUGGAGAAAUGACAAUUAAGUUUUCAAAGAAUUUUAAGAAUUAUUCUUGCGGCGGAAGACAAAUUUUGAAGAAUAAACAUCUUAGUGAACUAUCCUUGCAUUUUAAUUGCUCGGAGAGUAAUGACAAAGACAUGUUGGAUGAUCUUUCUCCUAGCACGAACUUAAAGAAGUUGAGCAUACGCAAUUACGGGAGUAGACAAUUUCCAGCAUGGUUGAUAGAGUCACACUUGCCAAAUUUGUUGGAAGUUAGCCUUGACAAUUGCUAUGGUUGUGAGCAUAUUCCCCCGUUUGGAAAUCUGCAGUUCCUUAAGAAGCUUCGCUUAUGCAUAAUGAAUGACAUUUUCACACAGAUGGGUGCUGAGUUCCACGGGCACGGAGGCUUUCCUUCCCUUCGAGAGCUCUCCUUAUCUUCGAUCUAUAAUUUAGAGGAAUGGUCUGAGUCUGAUGGCGUCGAUCAGUUGUUCCCUUUACUGCAGAAGUUGCGGAUUCUGCGAUGUCCCAAAUUGAAAUCAAUGCCGAGGUUUCCGAAAAUCCAGGAGCUUGAGAUAUCAUAUUGCAGUGAGAGCCUACUCUCAUGUAUCGGAAGGUUGAGUUCUCUUUCUGUUCUCAAAGUGGAGGAUAUGAACGACAUGACAUCUCUUCCAAGUGGCUGCAUCAGAAACCUCACAUGCUUGAAGAAAUUGAAAAUUACAGAGUGCGGACGACUCCAAUCUCUUCCUGGGGAUGAAAUGCAGCACCUAGAAAUGAUGCGUUCGUUGACCAUUUACAGUUGUAACAAUUUGUCAUCCUUCCCGUCAGAGGUGGAGCGUCUCAGGUCUCUACGUCUCACGAGAUCUCAACGUAUAGCAGUGGAACCAGAAUUACUCGUACCAUUCUUAAAUUCACUGAAUAAGUUCCGAAUAGAGAUUUGUGGCAAGAAGGUCAACUUACGCGGGCAACUGCAACGCUUACACACGCUCAAAGAAUUGUUAAUAAGUGGGAAACAUGGUACAUUUUGCUUUUACCGCAAAGCCACGAAGUUAGGCAUUUGUUGUUGUGAUGAAUUGGAGUCGUUGAUGACGACAACAGAGUUAGCAGCAAGCAGUACUGUACUGCUAGAAGAUUUAUACAUAAAUGAAUUUUCCAAUCUCACGACGUUGCCUGAGUGGCUACAGCAUCUCAAGUCUCUUCGUAUUCUAUCAAUCCGGAACUGCCAACGAUUAGAAAGGGUGCCAAGGGGUUUGAAGGAUCUAUCUAUGUUGAGAGUUUUGAAGUUUAUCAAUUGCCCACAGCUGGAAGGAAGAUGCGAAAGGGAGACAGGAGAUGAUUGGCCCAUCAUCUCGCAUGUGACACAGGUUGUUGUCUGUCAAGUUCCUCAGAUUCGAUUGAACAUAGUUCAACAGGCCGAGGGUUGAGAUUGGGCAUGAGAUCUUAAUUAUUGUUCAGAGAUGUAUCUAUUGUGUCCUCUGAUGUGAAAUGAAGUUUGCAAGUAAAUUUAUUUUAUUUUUCAAAUACUUUAAAAUAUAUGUGGAUUAUUAGUGUAGGAUACAUUAUGUUUUUUUCUUAUUCAAAGGAUUAUUG